AUGGCAGAAACUCACUCUAUUGUUGAUCUCUCUCACUUUGACGAGGAAGACGUGUGCGACUACCGCUUCGGAGGAUAUCACCCGGUACGGCUUGGGGAUAUCUAUAAUAAUCGGUACAAAGUUGUCCGGAAGCUUGGGUAUGGGCAAAAUUCGACAGUCUGGCUUGCGUUGGAUCUCCAUCUUAAUCGCCACGUAGCUUUAAAGAUUUUAACAUCCCGCUGCUACGGUGGGAAAAAGGAGGUCUACGAACUAGCCAUACUCCAACGUAUCACAAAUUCCGAUGUGAAACAUCCAGGGUGGAAACAUGUCCUUAGUCUACUUGAUUCCUUUGUCCAUACGGGGCCAAAUGGAGAUCAUGUUUGCCUGGCGAACGAAAUGAUGUUGGGGAAUCUCCACGAACUCUCGUUCCGUUUUGGUCCGCGACGGCAGUUGCCGGUAAGGCUUGUGAAGGAGGUCUCGAGGCAAAUGUUAAGCGGGUUGCAGUAUUUGCACGAGACCUGUGGGGUUAUCCAUAGCGAUCUGAAGCCGGCGAAUAUAUUGAUAUCGAUAAAGGGGCUUGAUGUGGAGAGUGUGAUACGAAAACAUUUGGAGAACAAUCACCCAAUGGUUUUCCGGCCGGAUUAUCUUAUUAUAUCUGAUGCAUUACAGCUUACCUUACCUGGCUCCCCGUCCGAUUUUCUAUUUAAAAUUGCGGAUUUUGGCAACUCAUCUUGGGUUGAUAACCACUUGAUGGAACUAAUUCAACCCGUCAAUCUUCGGGCACCUGAAGUUAUCAUCGGCGCUAAAUGGGAUACUAGUACGGAUAUAUGGAAUAUAGGAUGUGUAAUAUUUGAGUUGUUACAAGGUAGGCCGUUAUUUCGCGGUCGAACAGAUGAAGGUUUAGGCUGGACAGUGAAUGAAGACCGAUUAGCCCUCAUGAUGGAUCUUUUUGGUCCUUUACCCAAGGAUCUGUUACAGGAAGGAAAGGUAUCAUCAAGAUAUUUCGAUGAUAAUGGGAACUUAUCCUCUAUAAGGCCAAUCAGCAACGAGUUCUCUCUUGAAAGGGUAGUGAAACUCUGGAACCCGGGUCUAUCGGAAAAAACGGCACUCGGAUUCGUGGAGUUUCUUAAGCCAAUGCUAGAAUAUCGACCUAAGGACCGGAGGACCGCUAGACAGAUGCUGGAUGGGGCAUGGCUUCAAUAG